AUGACGUGCAUAGCUGUUCUUGCGCUUCUGCUCGUACUUACGUCCAUGGAGUCGGAGACGCGCGAGUUGACUUCAAGCGAGUUAGAUGCGCUUAACAACUUCAUCGAGACGACGGUCGCAUGCAACUCCAUACCGGGCCUGUCAGUGGCACUCGUGAGGAACGAUAUGACGGUGCUUGCUCGGGGAUACGGGUUUGAUGAUAUCGAGGGUAACCGGAAGUCGACGGCGGACUCCGCGUUUUGCAUCGGCUCGCUCACCAAGGCGUUCACCAGCACUGUCAUCGCAGAUGUGCUGUCAAGACAUGGGCGGGUCACGUGGGACACGCCAAUCUAUGAUAUUCUCGGAGCGACAUUCCGGUUGAGUGACGACCUUCUCACACGGGAGACCACUCUACGCGACCUGCUCGCUCACAAGGUCGGCACGCCCUCCUACUUCCACGCCCUGCUUGUGGGAUUCGACGCCAACAUGACCCGCGCCGAUCUCGUCAAGAAACUACAGUACAUGCCAGCCGUUGCUCCAUUUCGGACUCAGUUUCACUACAGCAACUUCAUGUAUAUGUUAGCCGGUCACGUGAUUGAGACACUCGCAGGGGAAACCUGGGAAGACCUAGUUACGAAACGCCUCCUAUCGAAACUAGGCAUGCGUAGUACCGGCUUUGUGGACGCCAGUGAUGGAAUUGAAAAUGUGUCCACGCCAUACGUGCUCAAGAAUGGUACAUUGGUCCCAGUGGACAAACGCCUGUUGCUAACUGUGUCCCCGUCUGGACCGGCCGGUUCGAUUUAUUCAACCGCCAACGACAUGACCAAAUGGAUGAUAUUCCACCUAAACAAAGGCCGGACCAAGCACGAGUACACGCCGAUUGUGCAUCCGGACUGGCUGGAAACCACAUACGAGUCUCAGAUGACACAUCCGUUUGAAGCGAAAGACCUCACCCGACCGCUGUAUCCUGUCAGCGACGCUUCUGUGUCCUACAAUAUGGGCUGGGUGUCGUCCCUGUAUAGAGGGUACAGGAAGUUGUGGCACUCAGGCGGCAUUGUGACGUUUUCCAGUCAACUCUGGCUGUAUCCGGACAUGCGCAGUGGUGUGUUUGUUGCCAGCAAUGGGCCUCUGACGUCAAAAGGAUCGACUGCUAUUAGGAAUAUUGCGUAUUUUGCUUCUGACCUGCUUCUUGGCGAGGAACCAUGGCUUAAUACAAGCACCACGUGUUCAUUCCCCGCCCCUUGGAAAGAAUUGCAACAUCAGAGCUUAGCCAUUGAAAUUCCGCGUUACAAAUGGAACAUAACUAGAAAAAUGGCGGACUAUACAGGGGUUUAUGGACAUAAAGGAUUCGGACAUAUAGAAAUUGUAGUGUUGGAUAGGAAUUCACUUAUUCUUAGAUAUGGGAGGUUUGGUAAAAUGAAGAUUUUCCCACAAGAUGAACAAGUUUUCUAUGGCUAUUAUGUUGACGAGCUGUGGUUCCUGACGAACGCUGACGGUAGAACAGAUUACAUGGAUAUCCGGUUUGAAUUGACAGACGGGAAAGUGACUGCCCUGAAGCUACACAUUGACCUCGACUCAGACCAGCCGAACAUGACUGUGUUCUUGAAAGGCGGGGAGUAUGACUCGAAAGCGUUAUCGAAAAGGAACGGCAUAAAUACCUCGUACUCAUGUUGUUCAGGGAAAAAUGAACACACCAAAUCCAGACACGGUUACUCCACCAAGGAAGUGCUGAAAACCAAAAGCCGUCGACCUGAACUCCAUAACGGUUUCCCACGCACGUUGAGCGUACUGGGUACCGCCGCCCUGGGACACGUCCAUUAUAUUGAUAGGGCCACCUUUUCGAAAUCCUGGCCUGUACCUCUGCCCAAGGUCCGCCCCGCCCGUCUUCUACGCUGCCAUCUCCGCUGCCCCCGUCGAAGUAGUAUAACCACUAUCCACAUACGGACAAUUGCCAUUCCGCUCGGCGAUCUUUCCACGUUCUGGGAGUCAGUAAAGUCAACAGGAGAGAAGUCCGAGUCGAGGGAUGACGGUACUCGCUUGAUUAACAGAGCUGCCCGCAGAAGUUCCCAUAUCCGACCCUCCUCAGACGAUGUCCCACGCCCCUUCACGGAGUCAUUUCAGCUGGACCUGCCUGUUCAGAGUGAAAAUGGACUAGACUUUCUUCAGACAGGUAAGGUGGAUUGGCCACAGAACCCACUGAAUGAAGCCAUUUUAGACGAUGAUGCAGAAACCAAGCAGGGGAAAAGUGCUCUGGCCAAUCUUAGCCCAGUGUUCACAGAUGGUCUACUGAAGGUCGUCUCGAAAAUGCCCACUUGA